AAUCCUACCCAUCCAUUUGGACACAAAUUUGAUUAUUAUGACCACUACGGUCACUGCCUAUCAAUAUAGUAAACAACAACAACAACAACAACAACAUCACCACCACCACCAACAACAACUACCCUCAUCGAUACAUGCAGUGACCAACAGUGUUCGCCAAAUGACCAUGUCAAGAAUACCCAUGGAACAGGCAAACCAUUGCUCGACACCCAACUGUUCCUGUGAUUGCUUUACACCUGGAAAGAGCCAAAUGCGCAUCUGUGACAACUGUAACCACGGAUGGAUCUCACACGUGUUUGAUAACCUGCUUGUGUCGUCAAACAGUCAUCACUCGUCAUCAGCGGACAACAUGCAGGCAUCGAUGGCCUUCGAGAUCGCUUCGCUAAUAUUUUACGGCACUAAUGCCCUACCGGUGCGACUUAAGAUACUGUUGGACCGUAUACUGCAUAUACUGGAUAAGGAUGAACUGUUGAAUUUGUUGCACAGCUUCGGCUGGACUUACAAUGACUAUUCGCGAGGAUAUAUGCUUCAGGACACGUGCGGUAAUCUCUUCACCCGUUGGUCUCUCAUAUCCAAAGAAGAGGAGCUAUUGAUAUUGAAAUUGUUUCUUAGAUUUUCCGAAACGAGAACUAUUGCACAAAAUUUUGUAUUACAAGACACAGCCAUUAGUGAGACAUCAUUAUUAUUAUCAUCAAAAUCCCAUAACAAUAGUUCACAACUAUUUUUUCAUAAUAAUAAUAAUACUACUAAUAAUAAUAAUAGCAAAAGAGAUUCAGAUUUGAGACGAUUUAUCGAAAAGACAUCGAAAUCGUCGAUUUCAUCCUUAAUUAAACAAUCAAUUAAUAGUAAACAUCAUAAUCACAAUCAUAGCAUCAAUACUAACAAAGAUGUGAUCAAUUUAUCGCACACCACAUCGACACCAAACAGUGGUCGACCCAUAAUUAAACAUGAAUUACACCAGAAAUCGAUGGCAUCAUUGAAUGCCAGUCUUAUGAAUCCCAAUCCGAUGUCACCGAACGAGAAAAAGCUGUCGUCGUCGUUGUCGUCAGUUUUUAUGCACAACAGUAGACAAAGUCCGCCAGUACUGUCACCGCUGAAUAAGUUGCAAAAUAUGCAACCAUUUGAUUACCGCAAAUCAAACGAAGCGACAUCAAAGUUAGCCUCAAUUGCAUCAGACAUUCCCGUAGGUUAUGCACAAAACAUGACACCCACACUGUUGUCGCCGACCACCUCGUCGUUUCCGUUUGUCUCAUCUGGUUUGCCAAUUAUAACCACUGCUGUCACCACUAACAACAUUUCGUCAUCAAUAUCAACAAACAUGACCUCAACGACAAACUCUAAUAUCAGUAUAAAUGAUUGUCUUUCAGACGACAACGAUGACACAAACACUAGCGGUGUCAUCAAUUUAAGCCAAACAACUUCAUCAGCGUUUGCUAUGAAAAAAGUUAAACAUUUAAGAAAGUCGGCAAAUCCUAUGAAAAGACGAUGGAAUAAUCCAAUGAUUAUGAGUGGUUUGGUAACCAAUCCAUCGACAGGCAAGAAGCGGGUCCAGUGUCACGUUUGUAUGAAAACUUUCUGUGAUAAGGGAGCUCUUAAGAUACACUUCAGUGCUGUCCAUUUAAGAGAAAUGCAUAAAUGCACUGUCGAUGGCUGCAGUAUGAUGUUUAGCUCCAGAAGAAGCAGGAAUAGACACAGCGCUAACCCUAACCCUAAACUACAUACUCCUAACUUUAGACGAAAGAUCAAUCCACACGAUGGCCGAUCUGCCUAUCCUUUUCCACAUUUGUCCAAAAACUCAUCGACGUCUCUAUUGAAUUUAUCGUCAAACAAUCUUAUUGGACAAAACAUGGACGGAUCAAAUCCGCUGAUGGACACGGAUUUAGAUAAAAAUAGUGCCAACAAUUUGUCGUUCAAUCUGGACUGUGACAGCCAAUCAUUAUCGCCGUUUAGUUCUUGUGGAAACAGUGAUACAUCACCAAUGAUGACACAAAUGAUGCCAACAAAUACUAAUAGCUUAUCGAAAAAAUCGAGUAAUAAGAGCGGAGAAGAACAAGAAAAGAAUGGUUCGCCAGAAGAAGGAAUAGAUUUGUCACUGAAAGAGGAUUUUUCUACAAAUAAGCGAAAAAGAAAAAGUUUAAAUCCAAUAAAGUUUGCGCCGAUAGCUAUGAUUGCCAGCGAUGAUGACAUUAAGUAUGAAUUGAGUGAUGACUCUUCCAGCGACACAUACAUCGAUCGCAUGGAUGAUGACGACGACAACGACAACCAAUUGUUAGACGACUCAAAAUCUGAUUUUGACUCUUCAGAUGAGGUCAUUGGUGGCGAAUAUAUGGAUAAUUUAUUGUUAAAAGAGAAAAAAGAUGUGGAAAACAAAGUAAAUACUAAUAACAGUAAUAAUAAUAAUAAUAUCAAUAAAGAGAUUAUUGAGUACGAUAUGGACGGAACUAUUGACUUAAGCAAAAAGUCUCGAUCUUCGCCACCAAAAGAGCCAGUAAUUGAUGAUAUAAAGCAACCAAAAAACAAAAUUGAGACCUCAUUUACAAACAAAAUGAAUGCAUCAAUCAGUAGUACUCAUGAAUCUUCAGUUGAGAACCCUUUGAGACAUUUGGAGUCAUUAUCGAUGGGCUCUUCGUUCACAAAUCUAAUGAACGCCUCACGCAAUCACCACAAGAAUCACUCGUUAUUUUCACCAAACUCUAUGCAUUCGUUAUCAUUUCACGCACCGGGACUGGGAUUAAACCUGAGGCCACCAACACCACCGUCACUACCACCAGCACAGCAACCAAUAAGUAAAUCAAGUGAAAAGCAAACAAACGCUAUCAUUAAGGAGUCGGAGUACGAGCCAACAGAUAUGAACGCCGGUAGUCCGCACAGUCCUAAUAGCAAUCCCUCGGGACUCGAUAUGGACUCAUGUAUGUCUGAUCACGUAUCGAUGAUGCCUUCAUUCAGAGAGUCAUCAUUUAUGGGUCAAAUCGAUGUUCCCGUCGACAAAGAAAACCCGCGACGAUGUACGGCCUGCGGUAAGAUCUUCCAGAAUCACUUCGGCGUCAAAACCCAUUACCAAAACGUUCACUUGAAGGUCAUGCAUAAGUGUACUGUCGAUGGUUGUAAUGCUUCAUUUCCAUCGAAAAGAAGUCGCGACCGACACAGUGCUAACCUGAAUCUUCACCGAAAAUUACUGUCCACACACAGUGACCCGAAAUCCGUGUUCGGUAUGGAUAAAAGCAGUUCCGGGUCUAUGUUUCCAUUUCCCAACUCUGCUAUACGAGAGGACUUCCUGAGUCGUCUCUAUGAUCCACAAGGAUUGCCACUGAAUCUAAAUGAUAUAUACAGUCGAUUGCCGCCAAUAGGACCGGACGGCUUGUUUGCCAGCGCUGCUGCUGCUGCGGCUGCCGCCUCAUUCCCAGUUAUGCCCGGAUUUCACCCGGCAAUGUGUUUGCCACCACUGCCACCGACAUCCAGUUCCUUAUAUUUAGACACCCGAUCGAGUGUCAGCCGAGAAUCGCCGAAUUCGAUUCGAACAACUCCCAGUCCAUCGAUGAACAGUCGAUCAUCGCCUACCGGUGUUAUACAAAAAUCUCAUCACCGAAUCAGUUCGCCAUCUAAUAACAAUAGCGUUGUACUCGAGUCGGUCCUAAUCGCCAACGAUAGUGGCAGAUAUGUCUGCAUGUAUUGUCAAUGUUGCAAAUCGGAUGCCAGUUUGCUGAGAGAUCACUACGAAAGAGUACACAAAGACAUUCUCUACCGGUGUGUUGUCCACGGAUGCAAUAAGGCUUUUCUAGACAAGAAGUCAAAGAAAAAGCACAUUCAGUUCCACAGUCCGCCGCCUACCAGUGCGGAGACAACCAUUUGA